CAUAAACAAACUGCGCAGACGCGUUAUGGACAGUCAGAUAGCGCACUAGGAGGAAAUUCACCCACCGCUUCUGAGACCAGAACAUUUUCUUUGGGAUAUACCGAUCGCAGAGCCUCUUGACGAGCUUUUUUUUUAUUUUUCCCCGACGGGGCGAACAUGGCGACGCUGGGACCGGAGCCCCGUCCUCAUUCCCAGCUGCCCUCUGCCGCAUUACAGACGAACCUGAGCGGACUGGGCUCCAAUUCGAACCUGCCUCUCAACCGGGGUUUGGAGAGAGCUCUGGAGGAUGCGGCGAACUCCGGAUUUCUGAAUCUCAGCACAAGAAAACUGAAAGAAUUCCCCCGGACAGCAGCUAAUUACGACCUAACGGAUACGGUGGAAGCAGAUCUGUCGAAGAAUCGCUUGAUGGACAUCCCGUCAGAGGUGUGUCAUCUGGUCUCUCUAGAAACGCUGAACCUUUAUCACAACUGCAUCAAAAGCAUUCCCGAUACCAUCAUCAGCCUUCAGUCCCUGACCUGCUUAAACAUCAGCCGGAACCAGCUGUCGGUGCUGCCAGCGUGUGUGUGUGGUCUUCCUCUACGAGUGCUCAACGCCAGCAAUAACAAACUCAACGCACUUCCAGAAAGCAUUGGCCAGCUCACCAAUCUCAUGGAGCUGGAUGUAAGCUGUAAUGAAAUCACAGCUCUUCCACGUCACACUGGCCAGCUCAAAGCUCUGAGGGAACUCAACGUGCACCGAAACCUUCUCUGUGUCCUUCCAGAGGAUUUGGCAGAUUUACCCCUGGUCAAGUUUGAUUUCUCCUGUAAUAAGGUCUCUACUAUUCCUGUCUGUUAUCGAAAUAUGACCCAGCUCCAAACACUACAGCUGGAGAACAAUCCACUUCAGAGUCCUCCUGCACAGAUAUGCAUGAAGGGCAAGAUUCAUAUAUUUAAAUACCUCGCCAUGGAGGCAUGUCGUAGUGACAAGAUGGUCGAUGCCCUGUACCUUCCUGUCACACACCGCCUCAGCUUGACACGACCCACGAAUGGGAGCACUGAGGACAUUGAUCAGCACAAAAAACUUGACAGUGACUCUGGGGUGGGCAGUGACAACGGAGACAAACGCCUUUCUGCUACAGAGCCAUCAGAUGAAGACAGCCUCAGCUUAAAUGUGCCCAUGACCAACAUCACAGAGGAGGAGGGCUUGAGCAAAGACGACUCCAGCGAACACAUCAGCGCUCUGACAGGAGACAGAAGUUCAUCGGAAUCUCUCAAGGAGCAUCUAAGUUAUCGAGACUCUACCCUCAGCUCACCGUUCGUCAACUAUAUCAAAGCUCGAGGUGCGGAUUUCGAUGAGCCCCUCAGGAUAGAGGAAGACAACAACUGGACUUCAGAACAAACGUCAAAGGUUAACAUGAUCAAUCAGUUAAAGGAAGCAGUGGAGAUGCUACAGGAUCCUAACAGGGUUAACAUGAACUCAACUGAUCUCUCUGGUAUUAAGCUCUAUCCUGUGGAAAUGGCUACAGUAGAUGAGUCACUCAAUGGCCAAGAGAGUGACGAGGGUCAGGCGACACCUAAGGCGGCUCCUGGAGAAUGCUGGGAGUUCCAGAGGAAGAGACAGUACAUUCUAGAACGGGCCCGGCUCGAGGCCCAGCUCGCAUGUCAACAGUAUGCCCUGCACCUGGCACAACAGGGUGACGUGAUUGGCCAGGAAGGAUCAGGUGAUAGUUGUGAGAACCAAGUUACCAAGAGUGAAGACAAAAACCCAGUUUCCAGCCCCACACUGAGCUCCCCUCCUUUUGGUCUGAAGCCCAGAUCAGCUUCACCCUCUGUGCCGUGCUCGACUCCGCCCUGUCCCCUCCCCCUUACACAGGCCUCGCCCACUGGUAGAGACACGCCCCCUAGCCCAGCUGAAGGAGACAUGCCAAGCAGUGUGUUUUUCAGGACGCACAAGACUCUGGAAUCAGUGGAUCCUCAGUUCACCAUGAGGAGGAAGAUGGAGCAGCUCAGAGAGGAGCUGGAGCUCAUAGAGCAACUACGAGAGAGUAUUGAGAGCAGACUGAAAGUAGUUCUUCCUGAAGAUCUGGGCUCUUCUCUCAUGGAUGGGGUCGUGCUUUGUCACCUAGUCAAUCACAUUCGGCCGCGUUCAGUAGCCAGUAUCCAUGUCCCAUCCCCUGCAGUGCCCAAGCUUAGCAUGGCUAAAUGUCGCAGAAAUGUGGAAAGCUUUUUGGACGCCUGCAGGAAAAUGGGAGUCCCUGAGUCCUCUCUCUGUACGGCUUAUGACGUUCUGCAGUUUAACCUGCGUCCGCUCUGGGCCGUGGUCGCAGCCUUGCUCAUGGUGGAGAGCACAGGAACAAGGCAGAAGGAAAGAAAGGUGGAGAGUGGCAGGGAGAAAGAGACAGAGGUCAAGAAGCUUAUCCCCGAGUCCACUCAGACUCCGCCCCCUUCCUGGCAAAUAUGGGAUCUGAUUGGCUCAAGUCUGCUUCACGUUUUCUGUCUGGUGAUGCUGUUUGUGGCCUACAGCUGGAGUGAAUUGAAAUAACAUACAUGACCUAAAAACACACAAGUAACACAUUAUAUCAUUUAAUGGUCCUUGAAAGCACUUUGAACAGUUGGCUUCACUUAAAGGAAUAGUUCACCCAAAAAUGGAAAUUCUGUCAUCAUGUAUUCAAGUUUUUUUUUUUUUUUUUUGGAUGGAUAGUUUCAUAUGUUUGACCAACCCUUACAUCUUGACUUGGCUGUGAUGGAAACCAUACUUAACUGAGGAGCCCCGACACAUGACAUUCAAGAUAAAAAAAAUAAAUUGUGCACACAAUUUACUCAUUCGUUCCCUCUAUGUCCUAAAACAUGUGCACGAUUUACUCAUUCGUUCCCUCGAUGUCCUAAAACGUGCGCACAAAUUACUCAUUCGUUCCCUCUAUGUUCUAAAACAUGCGCACGAUUUACUCAUUCGUUCCCUCGAUGUCCUAAAACGUGAGCACGAUUUACUCAUUCGUUCCCUCUAUGUCCUAAAACAUGCGCACGAUUUACUCAUUUGUUCCCUCGAUGUCCUAAAACGUGAGCACGAAUUACUCAUUCAUUCCCUCGAUGUCCUAAAACAUGCGCACGAUUUACUCAUUCGUUCCCUCGAUGUCCAAAAACGUCCGCACUCCCUCUAUGUCCUAAAACAUGCGCACGAUUUACUCAUUCGUUCCCUCGAUGUCCUAAAACGUGCGCAUGAUUUACUCAUUCGUUCCCUCGAUGUCCUAAAACGUGCGCACUAUUUACUCAUUCGUUCCCUCCAUGUCCUAAAAUGUAUGCACGAUUUACUCAUUCGUUCCCUCUAUGUCCUAAAACGUGUGCACGAUUUACUCAUUCGUUCCCUCGAUGUCCUAAAACGUGAGCACGAUUUACUCAUUCGUUCCCUCUAUGUCCUAAAACAUGCGCACGAUUUACUCAUUUGUUCCCUCGAUGUCCUAAAACGUGAGCACGAAUUACUCAUUCAUUCCCUCGAUGUCCUAAAACAUGCGCACGAUUUACUCAUUCGUUCCCUCGAUGUCCUAAAACGUGCGCACGAUUUACUCAUUCGUUCCCUCGAUGUCCUAAAACGUGCGCACGAUUUACUCAUUCGUUCCCUCCAUGUCCUAAAAUGUAUGCACGAUUUACUCAUUCGUUCCCUCAAUGUCCUAAAACGUGCACACGAUUUACUCAUUCGUUUUCUUGAUGUCCUCAAACGUGCGCACAAUUUACUCAUUCGUUCCCUCAAUGUCCUAAAACGUGCGCACGAUUUACUCAUUCGUUCCCUCCAUGUCCUAAAAUGUAUGCACGAUUUACUCAUUUGUUCCCUCAAUGUCCUAAAACGUGCGCACAAUUUACUAAUUCGUUCCCUCUAUGUCCUAAAACAUGCGCACGAUUUACUCAUUCGUUUUCUUGAUGUCCUAAAACGUGCACACGAUUACUAAUUCAUUCUCUCAAAUUAUAAAUCCUGUACACGAUUUAGCAAAUCGAGGGAACAAAUUUGUAAAUCAUGCGGACAAUUUAUAAAUCAAGAUAACGAAAUAGGAAAUCGUGCGCACGAUUUAGCCUUCUUUUUUUCCAGCAUGCCAUGUGCUGGGCUCCGUACGUAACACCAAACAUGCAGCAUUUUUGUUAGAACAACAUGUUCUCCAUGAAGAGAUGUUUUCAUGUUUGAGUAAGUGUUAUUUAUUAGUUGGUGAAUAACAUAUUUAUAAGUCCUUGCAAAAUGCUAAGGAAACCUUCUUUAAACAGACUUUUUGCAAACAUUUACGCAGGAGGUGCACUGAGCACUUUAAUAAGGAAUGACGUAUGGCCACGUUCUCACUCACUUCCACCUCUGUACAAAACUUGUUUCAGAAACUUCAAUUUUAGCCGUCAUAAUGCUGAAUUCUGUUGGAUAUUUCACAUAUAAACAAUCUAAGUGGUAUAUUUAUUAGCAUCUGCAUGACAAAACAAAAAUAAUCCAAACAGAUAUGGAGGUCUUGUCUCAUGCCAGUCAUGCCAGUGCUCAGCAAUAUAUCUACAGGAAUCAAGUGCACAUUUGGUCUGCUUCACAGAAACAAUUUACAGAUAAUAAAUCAGGACACUUGUGUUAGUAAAGUCCCAGAUCAUUAAAGCAAAAUUAUAGCUUUUCUUUGCACUGAAGUCUUGUAUGGUGAGGUUAAACUUAUAAUUAAAAACAUUUAAUCAUUCGCAUAAGGGCUAAUUUAUCUGUUGGAUGUAAAAGCAGCUGCUUUUGGUUAAGAGUGUUUUUAAGAGCAUGAUGUGUUGUUUAUUAAAUAUCCUGCAUAGUCAUUGUAAAUUAUUACAUUGUUACUUUACCCAAAACGCCAUCUAUAAGAUGAAAUAGGACUAAUUAAUUCUUGGUUUAAUUUCCUGUUCAUUAGUAAGACAGAAUGACAAACCAAAUCAAU